AAUCGGUAAUCUUAAACAAUCUAAUACUCUUUCAAAUAAAAUAAUAGAUAUGAACUAUUAUAAAAAACGAACAAUAAAAUUGUUUAUGAAUAUAAAAGAAAAAAUAUUUUUAGAAACAGAUGUCAACAAAUUAGAAAACCAUAUGAAGCAAGAUACCAAAUGGUCUAAUUACCAAAAAAGUAAAUUAUCAGAAUAUACUAAACACACUUUAAAAAAUCUGGAUCUUUAUAAUAAGUUAAAAAACCAAAUAAUUAACUGCGAAGAUAUAGAUGAAAUAGAACACAGUAUCAUGCGAAAAUUCAAAAAAAUAUCUCACAUGAUGAAUUUAAAAUUAAAAAUUGAUUUAUUUCAAUAUAUCGAAAAUAAAUUUUUAAAUUUACAUAAAGAUUUUGAUAUCAUAAAUGAAGAUAAUAUAGAAGAUAUGAUAAAAAACGAAACAAGAUUUUUAUUAUUAAACACAUGUAAUGCUUAUGACGAAAAAAUAAAUUACUUGAUUGAAGAUCCCAUCUCUCAUGCAGAAUAUCAAAAAUUUCGACAAACAAUUUUCAAUACCUUAUUCAGAUACGAAACAAACAUCAAAUUAAACACAUACCUUGAUCUCGCUUCACACAACACCACAA